AUGUAUGCCAAGGGCAAAGGCUCUACGGUACCUUCGGACGCUCAGGCACGCGAGAAGUUGGCCCUCUAUGUUUACGAAUACUUACUGCAUGUUGGGGCACAGAAAGCGGCACAAACUUUCCUCUCAGAAAUACGAUGGGAGAAGAAUAUAACGCUCGGCGAGCCCCCCGGGUUUCUCCACUCGUGGUGGUGUGUGUUUUGGGACCUAUACUGCGCAGCGCCAGAACGACGGGACACAUGCGAACACUCAUCAGAGGCGAAGGCUUUCCACGAUUAUGGCUUCGUGAAUUCAGGCUACGGUGUUAACGGUAUCGGUCACAAUGCAGGCCCGGCGCCUCCCAAUGACGGCAUGGGUGGAGGUGGUAUGCCGCCUGGUUUCUUCCCCAAUUCUUCACUUCGGCCUUCACCGCCAGCACCACAUCCAGGGUCACAACCGUCGCCACAUGGACCCCAACCACAGUUGAUGGGUUCAGGACAACCAUUUAUAGGGCCUUGGUAUUCAGGGGGACCUAGAUCAGCUGUAAGGAUGGGCAUGGGCAAUGAUUUCAACGGACCUCCAGGUCAAGGUAUGAUGGGCAAUUCGUUAGAAAGAGGGGGAGCAGGAGGGGCGGGGAUGCUUGGUGGGCCGCGCAUGACCCCGCCACGACCCGGGAUGGGACCCAUGAGUCCUGGAGCGUAUGCAGCGGGUAUGAGAGGACCACCGCCACAGGGUGCAGGUAUGCCACCAAUGGGUAUGGGUCCGCGAGGUGCAUGGGCUGGCGGUAGCGGCUCGGCUGGUGGUUCAGCGCCUCUCAAUUACAGUGGGGGGUCCCCGGGAGCGUACGGGGCACCCCCGGGGUCGAAUGGCCCGCCCGGACCACCAACGCCGAUAAUGCCAAGCCCACAAGACUCUUCUAACUCAGGCGGCGACAACAUGUACACGAUGAUGAAGCCUGUGACGGGAGCCCUAGGCGCCGAGUUCCCACUCUCGGGCGAGCACGGGCCACCGUCGCAGCACCACAACCAACCGCCAACGAGCGAAGGAUUAGGCGGUGUAGACGGAAUGAAAUCAUCUCCAGGCGGCGUCGGGGGCGGAGGCCCAGGCACGCCCCGCGAAGACUCCGCCUCGGGGAUGGGGGAUUACAACUUAAGUUUCGGUGGGCCCGGCGGGGAUCAGAAUGACCAGACGGAAUCGGCCGCCAUUUUGAAAAUUAAAGAGAGCAUGCAAGAGGAGGCCAAACGAUUCGAGAAGGACCCAGAUCACCCAGACUACUUCAUGCAGUGA